AUGCCCUCCAGAACCCUGCCACCGGUUACGCCUUAUAUACCGGCCCCUGAGGCAGCGGAAGAGUUGGACUAUGCAGAUCUUCCUGUCAUUGACUUGAGCACAGCUGCGACGGCGGAGGGUCUGAAGGAACAAGCAACAGUGGCAAGAGAUGCCAUGCGGAAUAAAGGUUUUUUCUAUGCCAUAAAUCACGGCUAUACGCCUCUUCAGCGUAUGUUUGAUGUUGCCAAUAUUCCGUUCGAAGAUGUUCCUAGGGAGGAGAAGCAAACCUACGCGGGGAAUAUAAAGGCGACCGGAUCAUAUCUCGGAUAUAAGCUUCGAAACUACUGGCACAUCGAGAAUGGCGUGCAUGACCAACUGGAGCAUUAUAAUCUCAACGGCGACGUUGAUAGACGUCAGCAUCCGCAAGCACUACGCCCUCUGCUCCCAGAGAUAGAAGAGUUCGCCAAGCAUUGCCACUUCAGUGUUCUUCAUCCCAUUCUGAGGCUUUUGGCGGUUGGCCUUGAGAUGCCCGAGGAAACGCUCGUCAAUAGCCACACGUACGGGACAGUGAAGAAUGAAUCAUACGUAUCCUUCGAUGUUCUGACUCCUCUAUCAAACGAUGAGUCCAGCUGGCCACGGUCCGAAGACGAGGAAGAGAAGACAAACAAUGUAUGGCUCAAAGGGCAUACAGACUUCGGAAGCAUCACCAUACUUUGGAGUCAGCCCGUCGUUGCGCUCCAGAUUCUAUCACCGAGCGGGCGGUGGCAAUGGGUAAACCACAUCGACAAUGCUCUCGUCAUCAAUGCAGGUGACGCCCUGGAAUUCCUGACUGGUGGAUUUUAUAAAGCGACGAUCCAUCGGGUCGUCCAGCCACCUCCAUCACAAAGGGGUUAUACGCGCCUCGGCGUGUUCUAUUUCGCCAUGCCCAACGGCGACGUCGUCCUGGAACCCAUGGUGAAAGAAAGUCGGGCACUUCAAAGAGAGAAGGGACACUUAGAGAGACGCUUCGAAGAAGGAAAGGCACCAAUCAUGGAAUCCUGGCGGAGGGCGAGGACAAGUGCAUAUGGGAAGUCUGAACUGAAGAAGAGCGAUGAUGGAGCAGACGUGGAGAUCAUUAACGGAGUGACCGUGAAGCACUACAACUGA